AUGAACGGCCAUGCCUCUCCUCUUGAUGUCCCCGUCACCAACAGCACAGAGCCGGCCAUCGUCGCCAAGACCAUGAAGGCCGUGCAGGAUGCCAGCAGUCCCUCUGGGCCCCAGGCCAGGAGCGUCGCUGGGGUACUCGUGGAGGCCUCGGGCCAGGCCCUGAGUCUCUAUGCCGCCAGGAAGCAGGGCCUCCUGCCCGAUGGGCUUGGGCUGGCUCUGCUGGAGGCCCAGGCGGCCACUGGGGGCCUCGUGGACCCCGCCCAGGGCCAGCUGCUCCCUGUGUCUGAGGCCCUGCAGCAGGGUCUGGUGGGCCUGGAGCUGAGGGAGAAGCUUCUGGCUGCAGAGCUGGCCGUCACUGGGUACCCUGAUCCCUAUGGGGGUGAGAAGCUGUCCCUCUUCCAGGCCAUUGGGAAGGAGAUUGUGGACAGGGCACUGGGGUGGAGCUGGCUGGAGGCUCAGCUGGCCACCGGGGGCCUGGUGGACCCCAUCCGGGGCGUGCGCGUGGCCCCAGACCUGGCCUGCCAGCAGGGCCUCCUGGACCAGGAGACGUGGCACGGCCUGUCGGAGCGUGAGCCAGACUUCCUGGAUCCCAACACACUGGAGCAGCUGUCCUACAGCGAGCUGCUGGGCAGGUGUGUGCAGGCCCCCAGCACAGGGCUGGCCCUGCUGCCCCUCAAGACCACCUUCCGCACCCUGAGUGGGGCGGCAAGCUUGGCUGAGCUGCUGGAGGCCGGGGUGCUGGAUGGGGAGACUGUCCAGGGCCUACAGGAGGGCAGGCUGGCUGUGCAGGACGUGAGUGCACGCCCCGAGGUUCGGCGCUACCUGCAGGGCACCGGCGGUGUGGCAGGGGUGGUCCUGCUGCCUGCUGGCCACAAGAAGAGCUUCUCCCAGGCUGUUGCUGAGCACCUGCUCCCCUUGGGUGUCGCACUUCCGCUCCUCGAGGCUCAGGCUGCCACCUGCAGUCUGGUGGAUCCUGCCAGCGGCCGGGUGCUGUGUGUGAAUGAGGCGGUCAGGGCAGGACUGGUCGGCCCAGAGCUGCACGGGCAGCUCCUGGAGGCAGAGCAGGCGGUGAAAGGGUUCCAUGACCCCUUCAGUGGCACCCGCAUCCCCCUCUUCCAGGCCAUGAAGAAAGAGCUGGUGGACAAGCCUCUGGCAGUGCGGCUCCUGGACGCACAGCUAGCCACGGGAGGGCUAGUGUGUCCAGCCCGCAGGUUCCGGCUGCCCCUAGAGGCUGCCCUGCGCUUUGCCUGCCUAGAUGAGGAGACACGGCAGCAUCUCUCACAGGCCGCUGGCUUCUCAGACCCCAGCACACAGGAGAGCCUCAGCUACGGGCAGCUGCUGGCCCGCUGUGUCACCGACCCAGAGACGGGGCUGGCCUUCCUGCCCCUGUCCAGGGAGGCUCUUGGAGAGGAGCCGCAGGGACCCUCGUUCAUUGAGCACAGCACCCGCCAGGCCUUGAGUGCGGCCAUGACCACCAUCUCCGUGGGCAAGUUUCAGGGCCGGCCUGUGUCGCUGUGGGAACUGCUCUUCUCCGAGGCCGUCCCCGUGGAGCAGAGGGCGGCGCUGGCGCAGCAGCACCAGCAAGGGGCCCUGCCGGUGGAGGAGCUGGCAGCUGAGCUGAGGGCCACUCUGGAGCAGGCUGCAGCCACGGCCAGCACCACCUUCCCUGGGCUGAGGGUCCCCGUGACCCCAGGCGAGCUGCUGCAAGCAGAGAUCAUCGGCCAGGAUGUGUACGAGCAGCUGGAACGGGGACAGACCACGGCCCAGCACGUGGGCAGUCUGGACUCGGUGCAGAGGUACCUGCAGGGCACCGGCUGCAUCGCCGGCCUGCUGCUGCCCGGCUCCCAGGAGCGGCUCAGUGUCUAUGAGGCUCACAGGAAGGGGCUGCUCAGGCCGGGCACAGCCCUCAUCCUGCUGGAAGCACAGGCAGCCACGGGCUUCAUCAUCGACCCGAAAGAAAACAAGAGAUACUCUGUGCAAGAGGCGCUGAGGGCCGGCGUCAUCGGGCCCAACGUGUUCGCCAAGCUGCAGUCGGCGGAGCGCGCGGUCACCGGCUACACCGACCCCUACACCGGGGAGCAGAUCUCCCUCUUCCAGGCCAUGAAAAAGGACCUCAUCGUCAAGGACCACGGCAUCCGCCUGCUGGAGGCCCAGAUCGCCACGGGCGGCAUCAUCGACCCGGUGCACAGCCACCGGGUGCCCGUGCACGUGGCCUACCAGCGUGGCUACUUCGACCAGACGCUAAAUUUGAUCCUGGCCGACCCGAGCGACGACACCAAGGGCUUCUUCGACCCCAACACUCACGAGAACCUCACGUACCUGCAGCUGCUGGAGCGCUGCGUGCGCGACCCCGAGACGGGCCUCUACCUGCUGCCGCUGAGCAGUGCGCAGCCGGAGCUGGUGAACAGCGCCACCCGGCGGGCCUUCCAGAAGCUGCUGCUGACGGGGAGGUACGGGCGGUUCCGGGGACGGCAGGUGUCCGCGUGGGAGCUGCUCAACUCCGAAUGCGUCAGCGAGGCCCGGCGGAGGGACCUCCUGCACCGCUACCGGCUGCGCCAGAUCUCCCUGGAGCAGGUGGCCACGCUGCUGCAGAGGGAGGCCGCGCGGUGCGCGCAGGUCACGCUGCCGGUGCUGCGGGGCCAGGUCACCGCCUACCAGCUCCUGGAGGCCCGCAUCAUCGACCAGGAACUCCUGGACCGGCUGCUGGGCGGGGAGGUCAGCCCCGAGGCCCUGCUCGGCCUAGAGGAGGUCCGCAGGCACCUGCGCGGCUCGGGCGCUGUGGGCGGUGUGCUGCUGCCGUCCAACCAGAGGCUCAGCCUCUACCAGGCCAUGAAGCGGAAGCUGCUGGGGCCAGGAGUUGUCCUGGCCCUGCUGGAGGCCCAGGCAGCCACCGGAGCCCUGACUGACCCCCACAGCCUGGAGACUCUGUCGGUGGAAGAGGCCGUGCGCAGAGAGCUGGUGGGGCCAGAGCUGUAUGCCCGGCUGAGACGGGCUGAGCAUGCCCUGACCGGCUUCAGAGACCCCUUUUCUGGGGAGCGGGUAUCCCUGUUCCAGGCCAUGAAGAAGGGACUUGUCCGCGAGGAGCAGGCUGCCCGCCUCCUAGAGGCCCAGGUGGUCACAGGAGGGGUCAUUGACCCCACAGGCCACUAUCACCUCCCUAUGCCUGUGGCCACCCAGCGUGGCUACAUCGACCAGGAAAUGGAGACAGCCCUGUCCAGCUCCUCCGAGACCUUCCCCACCCCAGAUGGCCGAGGACACACCAGCUACACCGGGCUUCUGGGACAGUGUCUGAAGGAUGAGGCCUCUGGCCUUUACCUCCUGCCCCUGCAGGAAAGUGCUCCUGCCACCCUCACAGACGAGCAGGUCCAGGAGACCCUGCAGGCCACGCAGGGGGCCGAGGACGGCACAUCCCUCUGGGAGCUGCUGGUCUCCUGCCACUUCACCGAGGAGCAGCGGAGGGGCUUCUUGGAAGACUUCCAGGCGGGGAAGACCACCUUGCAGCAGCUGCAGGCUGCGGUGCAGAGCUGGGUGCGAGGGGCGAAGCUGCUGGCGCAGGCCCGUGUCACAGUGCCUGGCCCUCGGGGCCAGGUUCCUGCUGUCUGGCUGCUGGACGCUGGCAUCAUCACCCAGGAGACCCUGUCGGCGCUGGCUCAGGGCACACGAUCACCCGCGGAGGUCGCUGAAGAGCCUGCGGUGAAGGCUUGCCUGCGGGGCACGGGCUGUGUGGCUGGUGUGCUGCUGCAGCCCUCAGGGACCAAGGCCAGCAUCACCCAGGCCAUGAAGGAUGGCCUCCUGCCUGCGGGCCUCGGGCAGAGACUGCUGGAGGCCCAGGUGGCAUCCAGCUCACUCAUUGACCCUCUGACCAACCAGAGACUGUCUGUGGAAGAUGCGAUCAAGACCGGUCUGGUGAGCGGGACACUGAGUGAGCAGCUCCGGCAGGCCGAGAGGGCAGUGACUGGGUACACAGACCCCUACUCAGCGGGCUCCCUCUCCCUGUGGCAGGCCAUGGAGAAGGGGCUUGUGCCCCAGAGCGAGGGCCGCCCCCUCCUGCAGGCACAGCUGGCCACAGGGGGUGUGGUGGACCCCAUACAUGGGGUGCACCUUCCCCAGGUGGCAGCCUGCAGGCUCGGCCUCUUGGAUGAGCAGAUGAGCCAGGCGCUGACAGGGACAGAUGAGGACAGCAAGUUCUUCUUUGACCCUAGCGCACGAGAAAAGGUGACAUACCAGCAGCUUAAGGAGCGCUGUGUCCUCGAUGCGGACACUGGCCUAUGGCUGCUGCCGCUUCCCCAGGACAUGGCACUGGAGGUGGACAACCACACCGCAGUGGCCUUGAGGGCCAUGAAGGUGCCUGUCGGUGCCGGGAGGUUCAAAGGGCUCACCGUGUCGCUCUGGGACCUGCUGCACUCCGAGUAUGUCAGUGUCCAUAAGCGGCAGGAGCUGGCGGCGCUCUGCCAGUCCGGGAGGGCCACAGCCCUGCGGCAGGUGGUCAGCGCAGUCACCGCCCUGGUCGAGGCCUCAGAGAGGAAGCCCUCACAGGCCACCUUCAGAGGGCUCCGGAAGCAGGUGUCGGCCAGUGACCUGUUCAGGUCCCAGGUCAUUGACAAGAAGACGCUGGACGAGCUGAAUCAGGGAACAAGGACUGUGCAGGAGGUGACAGAGAUGGACAGCGUGAGACACUUCCUGGAAGGAGGCAACUUCAUCGCUGGGGUGCUUGUUCAGGCCACAAAGCAGAGGAUGAGCAUCUCAGAGGCCCUGAGGAAAAGCAUCCUGCGGCCGGGCACCGCCCUGGUGCUGCUGGAGGCCCAGGCCGCCACUGGCUUCCUCAUCGACCCCGUGGAGAACCAGAAGCUGACUGUGGAGGAAGCAUUCAGGGCAGGGAUGUUUGGCAAGGAAACCUACCAGAAGCUGCUGUCGGCGGAGCGCGCAGUCACCGGCUACACCGACCCCUACACCGGGGAGCAGAUCUCCCUCUUCCAGGCCAUGAAGAAGGACCUCAUCGUCAGGGACCACGGCAUCCGCCUGCUGGAGGCCCAGAUCGCCACGGGCGGCAUCAUCGACCCCGUGCACAGCCACCGGGUGCCCGUGCACGUGGCCUACCAGCGUGGCUACUUCGACGAGGAGAUGAACCGUGUCUUGGCUGACCCGAGCGACGACACCAAGGGCUUCUUCGACCCCAACACUCACGAGAACCUCACGUACCUGCAGCUGCUGGAGCGCUGUGUGCGCGACCCCGAGACGGGCCUGUACAUGUUACAAAUUGUGAAGAAAGGAGAGAUGUACAUGUACAUCGACGAGGCCACAAGACAGGCUCUGCGGUCACAGACCACAACCAUGUGCGUGGGGAGGUUUGCAGGUCAGAGCAUCUCCAUCUGGGACCUGCUGUCCUCUCAGUACUUCUCGGAGGAGAGGCGGCGGGAACUGGUCCAGCAGUACCGAACCCAGACCGUGAGUCUGCCGCAGUUGCUGGGGAUCCUCACCACCACAGUCGAAGAGACAGAGAAGCAACACCAGGUCAUCAAGGUGGCAGGCAUUGGUGGGGAGGUGACAGCCGCAGACUUGUUCAGUGCUGGGAUCAUCGACAGAAAGACCCUGGACACGCUGGACGGGGCACAGGCCCUCCGCCGGCUGAAGCAGGUGAAGACAUACCUGGAAGGCAGUGGCUGCAUUGCGGGGGUGACUGUCCCCUCCACGCAGGAGGUGAUGAGCUUCUAUGAGGCCAGCACGAGGGGACUCAUCCCCACAGGGUUUGCGGCCCUGAUGCUGGAGGCCCAGGCAGCCACAGGGUUCAUGCUGGACCCCCACAGCCACCAGCGGCUCUCCGUGGAUGAGGCUAUAGCUACUGGCCUGGUGGGCGAGGAGCUUCAGGAGAGGCUGCUGAAUGCCGAGAAGGCUGCCAAAGGCUAUGCAGAUCCAGACACGGGGAACACGGUCUCACUGUUCCAGGCCAUGGAAAGGAAGUUAGUCAAACGCGAGGAGGCGCUCAGACUGCUGGAAGUGCAGGUGGCCACGGGGGGCAUCAUUGACCCGCUUCACCACCACCGGCUCCCACUGGACACGGCCUAUGAGCGCGGAUGUCUGCACCGAGACACGUACCCAAUCGUAUCUGAUCAAAAACAUAUGAAUAAGAGGUUCGUGGAUCCCAACACGCAUGAGAAGGUGUCCUACCAGGAGCUUCAGGAGAGAAGCCGCCGGGAACAGGGGUCGGACUGGGCUCUGUUCCCCAUAAUCCGCGAUGGAAAGGAUGCCACGUACAUCGAUGAAGCCACCAGAAGAGCCCUUGAGGUCGAGCGGGUGGAAGUCACGGUGGGCAGGUUCAGAGGACAGAGACCCUCGGUGUGGGAGCUACUGAACUCUGAGUAUGUGACAGAGGAGAAAAAGCUGGAACUGGUAGGAAAUUACAAGAGUGACACGGCCCACGCUCUGGGCAAGGUGGUGAAAGUGAUCUUCGCCAUGAUUGAGGAGAAGGAAAGGAGUGUGAAGCAGUUGUGGUUCAGGGGAAUCCGGAGACAGAUCACGGCCUUGGAACUCUUCAAAUCCGCCAUCAUCACCAAGGAGACACUGCAGAACCUCGAGGAGGGGCGCAGCACAGUGGACCACGUCGAGCAGGAGGAGAGCGUGAGUCGCUACCUGGAGGGCACGAGCUGCAUCGCGGGCGUGCUGGUGCCCGCCAAGGACCAGCCCGAGAGGCAGGAGAAGAUGAGCGUCUACCAGGCCAUGUGGAAGGGGCUCUUGCGGCCGGGCACGGCCCUGGUGCUGCUGGAGGCCCAGGCCGCCACCGGCUUCGUCAUCGACCCCGUGCGCAACCAGAGGCUGUCAGUGGACGAGGCGGUGGCCGCGGGCGUGGUGGGCGGCGAGAUACGGGACAAGCUGCUGUCGGCCGAGCAGGCGGUCACCGGCUACACCGACCCCUACACCGGGGAGCAGAUCUCCCUCUUCCAGGCCAUGAAGAAGGACCUCAUCGUCAGGGACCACGGCAUCCGCCUGCUGGAGGCCCAGAUCGCCACGGGCGGCAUCAUCGACCCUGUACACAGCCACCGGGUGCCCGUGCACGUGGCCUACAAGCGUGGCCACUUUGACGAGGAGAUGAACCGCAUCCUGGCCGACCCCAGCGACGACACCAAGGGCUUCUUCGACCCCAACACGCACGAGAACCUCACGUACCUGCAGCUGCUGCGGCGCUGCGUGCGCGACCCCGACACGGGGCUGUACAUGCUGCAGAUGGCCAGCCAGGGCUCGGCCCUGCACCAGCUGAGCGAGGCGCUGCGCCGCGCCCUGCAGGACCUCCGUGUGCCGCUGCCGCCGGGGACGGGCGUCACUCAGGGUCAGGACGUGUCCGUCUGGGAGCUCCUUUUCUACCGGGAGGUGUCCGAGAGCCUGCGGCAGGACCUGCUGCUCAGGUACCAGGCGGGCAAGCUGACCGCGCAGGACGUGGGCGCCUCGCUCACCUCGCUGCUGGCCCGGGCCGAGGAAGGGAGCCCGUGGCCGGCCCCUGCAGACCCUCAGAGGGCCCUUCGUGCCGCCACCAUGGAAGUAAAAGUGGGCCCCCUACGAGGACCGGCCGUGCCCGUGUGGGACGUCCUGGAGUCCAGCUACGUGAGCGCCAACAAGAGGGAGCAGCUGCUGGCCCAGUUCCGCUCGGGGAGGCUGGGCCUGCCGGCGCUGACCCGCCGGCUGACCACCAUCAUCGAGGAGGUAGAGGUGGCCCAGGGGCCCGAGCACGCAGAGGGGGUCGCCACAGCCGGCCAGCAGGAGUCCACCCCGCUGGGGCCCGGUGAGGGCGAGGCCUACACCGAGGCCGCCAGGCGCCGCCAGGAGCAGGACCUGCGUGCCGCCACCAUGGAGGUGCGUGUCGGGCGAUUCCGAGGGCAGUGUGUCUCUCUGUGGGACGUCCUGUUCUCCUCCUACCUGAGCCAGGCCCGCCGGGAAGAGCUCCUGGCCCAGCACGCGGCCGGCGACCUGGCCCUGCCCGGCCUGGUGGCCAUCCUCACGCAGCUCAUCGAGGAGUCGGAAGAGCGCCUCAGCAAGGUGUCCUUCCGGGGCCUGAGGCACCAGGUGUCCGCGUCCCAGCUGGGCAUGUCCGGCGUCCUGGACCCCGAGACCCUGCAGGGCCUGGCCCAGGGCACCAAGAGCCCUCAGGAGGUGAUGAAGAUGGACUCGGUCAAGCGCUACCUGGAGGGCACGAGCUGCAUCGCGGGCGUGCUGGUGCCCGCCAAGGACCAGCCCGAGAGGCAGGAGAAGAUGAGCGUCUACCAGGCCAUGUGGAAGGGGCUCUUGCGGCCGGGCACGGCCCUGGUGCUGCUGGAGGCCCAGGCCGCCACCGGCUUCAUCAUCGACCCCGUGCGCAACCAGAAGCUGUCUGUGGACGAGGCGGUGGCCGCGGGCGUGGUGGGCGGCGAGAUCCGGGACAAGUUGCUGUCGGCCGAGCAGGCGGUCACCGGCUACACCGACCCCUACACCGGGGAGCAGAUCUCCCUCUUCCAGGCCAUGAAGAAGGACCUCAUCGUCAGGGACCACGGCAUCCGCCUGCUGGAGGCCCAGAUCGCCACGGGCGGCAUCAUCGACCCUGUGCACAGCCACCGGGUGCCCGUGCACGUGGCCUACCAGCACGGCCACUUCGAUGAGGAGAUGAACUGCGUCCUGGCCGACCCCAGCGACGACACCAAGGGCUUCUUCGACCCCAACACGCACGAGAACCUCACGUACCUGCAGCUGCUGCGGCGCUGCGUGCGCGACCCCGACACGGGGCUGUACAUGCUGCAGAUGGCCGGCCAGGGCUCCGCCCUGCACCAGCUGAGCGAGGCGCUGCGCCGCGCCCUGCAGGACCUCCGUGUGCCGCUGCCGCCGGGGACGGGCGUCACUCAGGGUCAGGACGUGUCCGUCUGGGAGCUCCUCUUCUACCGGGAGGUGUCCGAGAGCCUGCGGCAGGACCUGCUGCUCAGGUACCAGGCGGGCAAGCUGACCGCGCAGGACGUGGGCGCCUCGCUCACCUCGCUGCUGGCCCGGGCCGAGGAAGGGAGCCCGCGGCCGGCCCCUGCAGACCCUCAGAGGGCCCUUCGUGCCGCCACCAUGGAGGUCAAGGUGGGCCCCCUGCGGGGACCGGCCGUGCCCGUGUGGGACGUCCUGGAGUCCAGCUACGUGAGCACUGACAGGAGGGAGCAGCUGCUGGCCCAGUUCCGCUCGGGGAGGCUGGGCCUGCCGGCGCUGACCCACCAGCUGACCACCAUCAUCGAGGAGGUAGAGGUGGCCCAGGGGCCCGAGCACGCAGAGGGGGUCGCCACAGCCGGCCAGCAGGAGUCCACCCCGCUGGGGCCCGGUGAGGGCGAGGCCUACACCGAGGCCGCCAGGCGCCGCCAGGAGCAGGACCUGCGUGCCGCCACCAUGGAGGUGCGUGUCGGGCGAUUCCGAGGGCAGCGUGUCUCUCUGUGGGACGUCCUGUUCUCCUCCUACCUGAGCCAGGCCCGCCGGGAAGAGCUCCUGGCCCAGCACGCGGCCGGCGACCUGGCCCUGCCCGGCCUGGUGGCCAUCCUCACGCAGCUCAUCGAGGAGUCGGAAGAGCGCCUCAGCAAGGUGUCCUUCCGGGGCCUGAGGCACCAGGUGUCCGCGUCCCAGCUGGGCAUGUCCGGCGUCCUGGACCCCGAGACCCUGCAGGGCCUGGCCCAGGGCACCAAGAGCCCUCAGGAGGUGAUGAAGAUGGACUCGGUCAAGCGCUACCUGGAGGGCACGAGCUGCAUCGCGGGCGUGCUGGUGCCCGCCAAGGACCAGCCCGAGAGGCAGGAGAAGAUGAGCGUCUACCAGGCCAUGUGGAAGGGGCUCUUGCGGCCGGGCACGGCCCUGGUGCUGCUGGAGGCCCAGGCCGCCACCGGCUUCAUCAUCGAUCCCGUGCGCAACCAGAAGCUGUCUGUGGACGAGGCGGUGGCCGCGGGCGUGGUGGGUGGCGAGAUCCGGAACAAGCUGCUGUCGGCGGAGCGCGCCGUCACCGGCUACACCGACCCCUACACCGGGGAGCAGAUCUCCCUCUUCCAGGCCAUGAAGAAGGACCUCAUCGUCAGGGACCACGGCAUCCGCCUGCUGGAGGCCCAGAUCGCCACGGGCGGCAUCAUCGACCCUGUGCACAGCCACCGGGUGCCCGUGCACGUGGCCUACCAGUGUGGCUACUUUGACGAGGAGAUGAACCGUGUCCUGGCGGACCCGAGCGACGACACCAAAGGCUUCUUUGACCCCAACACGCAUGAGAACCUCACCUAUAUGCAACUGCUCAAGAAGGCUACUGUUGACCCUGAAACCGGCCUCUUAUUUCUUUCUCUCUUGUGAGUGAAUGGACUUUUUAAGUGGUUUAGGUGGACUCUCAAAUAUAUCUAUACUAGUUUAUCACGUUUUAAAUUUUUCUUAAUGACGUUUCACUUACUCUUUUAUACAUGUGGUAACUUUGAUUCUUUUCUAUUGUGUUUCCAG